AUGGCUUCAUCUCUCGUGCAAUUUGGUCAGCAGUAUGUCACCAAGGGACUCGCCCGUACCGUGGAUGCUGUUAUCACCAAGGGUGAAGGGUCAUACGUGACCCUUGAAGACGGCCAAAUGAUGCUAGACUUCACUUCCGGUAUCGGUGUGACUAGCUUUGGCCAUUGCCAUCCCAAAAUCAGCGGUGCCGCGGCUGAGCAGUGCAUGAAGCUCGUCCAUGGGCAGUGCAGCAUUGCUUUUCAUGGGCCAUACUUAGAGCUAAUCAAGAAGCUCCUCCCGAUGAUGCCUGACCCAUCUCUUAAUUCGUUCUUCUUCUGGAACUCGGGCUCAGAGGCGGUUGAGGCAGCCAUAAAGAUCGCGAGGACUGUAACUGGUCGACAAAAUAUCAUCGCAAUGCAAGGCGGGUAUCAUGGACGAACCUUUGGCGCGAUGGCCGUCACGAAGAGCAAGACUGUAUACAGCGAAGGUGUCUUCCCACUGAUGCCUGGUGUUUACACUCUGCCAUACCCAUUCUGGCACCAACUUGGUCUUCCUCCUUCGACGCCAGGCCCGCAGCUCGCCGCUUACUGCUUGAAUCAGCUCAAUCUUUUACUGGCGCAGCAGACUGCUCCCCGUGAUACCGCUGCCAUCAUUAUUGAGCCGAUCCUCGGUGAGGGCGGAUAUGUUCCUGCCCCGCCCGAAUUUUUGCAAGGCUUGCGGGAGGUAUGCGACAAGGAGGGUAUUCUACUCAUCAUCGAUGAGGUUCAGUGUGGUUACGGACGAGCCGGUAAAAAUUUCGCCAUCGAAUAUUCGGGUGUGCGCCCGGACAUCAUGAUCAUCGCGAAGGGUCUUGCGAACGGGUUCCCGCUUAGCGGCGUGAUCAGCCGGAAGGAGUUAACGGACAAGCUGAAGCCCGGAUCCAUGGGUGGAACGUACGCUGGUAAUGCCGUUGCGUGUGCAGCUGCAGUCGCUGUCGCCGACGUGCUGAAGGAAGAGAAGGUCCUCGAGAACGUCAGUGCUCGGUCCGAAGAACUCUUCUUCGCGUUAAACGCUCUGCGGAAUAACGCGAGCCUUGCGCCCAGCAUCCUCGAUGUACGAGGCGAAGGCUUGAUGGUCGCUGUUGAGUUCGCAUCCCCGACUGGGUCGGGACCGUAUGACACCUUCGUCAAUCCCGCUGUACCGAAGAAGCUGGCAAGCCGAGUAGCGAAGAGGUGUGUGGAGAAGGGACUACUCAUCCUCACGACGAGCGUGUACGAGGUCAUCCGGUUCAUUCCUCCGUUGAACAUUUCUAAGGAGGAUCUGGCAAAGGGCUGCAACAUCUUUGCGGAGGCAGUCGAGGAGGUUGUGAAGGAGGGUUGA